CAAGUGCACAUGCUGAUCGGAGAGUCCCUCUCCUCCAGUCAGAUAUUAAAGGGACUUGCAAAGAAGGUAAAGCGACGUCACUCUUUUGACUUCUUUUUUUGUUUGUUUUGGGAAAUUUACAGUUACUUUCUCAGAAAAGAUGUCAGCUUGUAAUGUGUUUAAUCUUGUAAUCUCAAAUUCACAAGGAAGUACUUUUUAAAUGUGUCAGUUUCAAUUUCUAAAACAGUUCAUUUGAAUACAUGUUACCCACCUAAACAAAUGUUUCUGGGGUCUUCAUGCAUUGAGAGUAAAAAGGAGUCCUGAGGCCAAAAGGUUGAGAAAGGCUGCUCUAGAAGUAGCCAAUUCUAUUUUUUCUUCUGAAGCUGCACAAGUUACCCAAAAAUGUCCUUUCGUAGGCAGCAAGCCUCCGUUUCUCAUCGGUAGAACGAUGGUCAGCUUGGGCUUUGUAUUGCAUGAGUUGAAGGGUGAGUGAUAGGGUUGAAUUGUGUCCCCCAAAAAGUUUUAUUGAAGUCCUAACGCCCAAUACCUUACAAUGUGACCUUAUUUGGAAAUACAGUCUUUGCAGCUGUAGUUAGUUAAAUUGAAUGAGGUCAUUAGGGUGGGUGGGCCUUAGUCCACCAUGACUGGUAUCUUUAUAUGAAGGGGAAAUUUGGACACAGACAGGGACACAAGCAGAAAUGGCCUGAUGUUCUACAAACUCAGGAACAGCAAAGGUAGCCUGCAAACCACCAGGAGCCAGAGCAAGGCUGGAACGGAUCCUCCACCCAGGCCUCAGAAGGAACCAGUCCUGCUGACACCUUGACCUCAGACUGCCAGCCUGCAGACUAUGGGAAUAAAGCUCUGUUUUUCAGGCCACCACAGUGUGGUGCUUUGUUACAGUGGCCCUAAGAAAUGAAGACAAUGGGAAAUUGUUUUAGAAACCGAACAUGUUGGGAAGCCCUGUGCUGGAGCCACCUUCUUCCAACUGCUGGUGGACCAGUCACCUCCAUCAAGUGCCCUGCCACCUGACACUUUCCCACCAUUUCAUAUUUCUACAUUUUCUUCUCUUCUUCAUUUCUGCCUCCUCUUCUGUUCCCUUCGCUCCUCCUAUGGUUAUUGUAUUCACAGUGCAGGUCAUGCAGGGUCACUUUUUGAUCCCGAGAGUGUCCGACCAAACCCAGAGGGAGCCCUUUCAAGGGAACUGCACUCAGCUCAUUCUCACUGCCCCUCAGGGGAGGGGCUGAUACAACCCCCAGCUGGCAGGUGCAGCAAUGCAGGGGAAGGGUGGUGAGGUCGCACAGCUUGGUAGGGACAGGCUGGCUCCAGCAUUUGUGCUCUUAACCGCAAAGUGAGAUGUGUGGUGUCAGGGCACAUAUGUUAGGAUUAGAUUCUAUCUUCUGCUAUAACAAAACUCCCCAAUAACGGUGGUAUAGCUGGGAGCAGGGGGCGGUGGGAAGUUCUAUUAGACUUCUCUGUGCCUUCCUUUUAAUCCGGCCACUGCUGUGGUAACCAGGAUUUGGAGUGAGCAGUUCCAUUGUGUUGUUCAAAUCAUGAAUUUACAUCUGUUCAUGCUUCCUUUCCACUGUGAGGAGGGUUGACAAGGAAGCAGAGCAGCACGGACAGCUAUUCAUCUGUGAACAUGGUCAUCACUGAUGCUGUGGAGCCCUGGUGCUCAGGAGAGAAGGCGGGGCUGCAGUGGGCCUCCUGGGGCCUGUCCAGGUUGUCCUCCAACCCGAGAGACAGGUUGGUGUAGACAAAGAGAAGAACUAAACCCAGAAGCUCAGGCAAGAGCUAAGAAGCAUGGUUGGCUCAAGUUACCUGUGUUCUUAGAAAUAGUUAAAUAUUAAUGUAGGUUCUUGCAUAUCAGAGGGCAAAAGUUCAGAGCACAGAGAGGUAGGCCAGGUCUGUGAAGAGGGGCAGGUAGGGGCAGUGUAGGGGCAUAGCCGGGAGCCCUCGGGGUCAGGCAGCGUAACCCAUUUACUCUUGCUGCUACCUGCACUCCACGGGGAUGGCCUGCCUCCCCCGUGCAGUCCGGGGCGUUUCUGCAGGGGUUUUCCUCUUAGGGCUUUGGGGUGUGGCUCUCAGUGACAAGCUGCUGGUGGCCCCCCAGGAUGGAAGCCACUGGCUCAGUAUGAAGGGCAUAAUUGAGGUGCUUAGUGACAGGGGCCAUGACAUCGUAGUGCUGGUGCCAGAAGUCAAUUUGCUUCUGAAAGAGUCCAAACACUACACCAGGAAAAUCUAUGCAGUGCCCUACGACCAGGAAGAGCUACAGAGACGCUUCCGAACCUUUGGGAACCGGCACUUCGUAGAGAGAUCGCUCCUGACUGCUCCCCUGGUGGAGUACAGGAAUAACAUGGUCGUCGUUGACCUGUGCUUCAUCAACUGCCAGAGCCUCCUGAGGGACUCAGCCACUCUGAGCUUCCUCCGGGAGAGCAAGUUCGACGCCCUGUUCACAGACCCGGCCAUGCCCUGCGGGGUGAUCCUGGCCGAGUUCCUGGGCCUGCCCUCCGUGUACCUCUUCAGGGGCUUCCCGUUUGCCCUGGAGCAUACGUUCAGCCGAAGCCCGAACCCCGUGUCCUACAUCCCCAGGUGCUACACCCAGUUCUCAGACAGGAUGACUUUCUCCCAGCGGGUGGUCAGCUUCCUUGUUAAUCAUUUGGAGAACCUCGUAUUUCACUGUCUGUUUUCAAAGUACGAAGACCUCGCAUCAGACCUCCUCAAGAGACAGGUACACUUACCCACCUUAUAUCAGAAGGGUUCCAUUUGGCUCUUGAGAUAUGACUUUGUGUUUGAGUAUCCCAGACCAGUCUUGCCCAACAUGGUCUUCAUUGGAGGGACCAACUGUAAGAAGAAAGGGGUCCUGUCGCAGGUGGGUGGCUUUAUUUCUUUGUGAUUGCCCCGUUUCUUCACUCUCUGCUUCCCUCACCUGUCUGGCUCCUCCUCUGAUUGUCACCUGGGAGGGCCACCUGACGGAAGGGAUGCCAGGCUAGGAGGAGCGGGUGGAGGAGACCUGACUGAGGCUGAGGGU